AUGUCCAGAACACUGAAGAAGAAGAAACACUGGUCCAGUAAAGUGGUGGAGUGUGCGGUGUCAUGGGGCAACCUGGGAGACUUUGGCUCCGUGGUGGAGGUCCUUGGAGGAGCAGAGCUGGGUCAGUUCCCCCACCUGGGCCAGAUGAAGCUGGACGUGUUGGUGUGUCACGUCGGGAAGCUGCCCUACUACGGGGACGUUUUACUGGAGGUGAACGGGACGCCCGUCAGUGGACUUACAAACCGUGACACUCUGGCUGUCAUACGUCACUUUCGGGAGCCGAUUCGCUUGAAGACGGUCAAACCAGGUAAAGUAUUGAACACGGACCUGCGCCACUACCUCAGUCUGCAGUUUCAGAAGGGCUCGCUGGACCACAAGCUCCAACAGAUCAUACGGGACAACCUCUACCUACGCACAAUCCCCUGCACCACACGGCUUCCUCGAGAGGGGGAGGUUCCAGGCGUGGACUACAACUUCAUCAGCGUCGGAGACUUUCGGAUCCUGGAAGAGAGCGGACUUCUUCUGGAGAGUGGAACCUAUGAUGGUAACUACUAUGGGACCCCGAAGCCUCCGGCAGAGCCUAACCUGGUUCAGCCUGACCUGGUGGAUCAGGUGCUGUUUGAUGAAGACUAUGGUGGCGAGGUCCCGAGGAAACGCACCACCUCAGUCAGUAAGAUGGACAGGAAGGACAGCGCUGUCCCCGAGGAGGAGGAUGAUGAUGAGAGGCCACCGCUGGUCAAUGGAUUGCCUGAGCACAAAGAGGGGGCAGACUGGAGGAAAUCGGUGCCCAGCUACACCCAGUCCAGCAGCACCAUGGACUUCCGCACAUGGAGCUCACUUCCCCGGGAUGACAGCCUGGAGCCCCUGCCCCUUAACUGGGAGAUGGCUUACACUGAGACUGGCAUGGUUUACUUCAUAGAUCACAAUACCAAGACGACCACAUGGUUGGACCCCCGCUUGGCGAAGAAGGCGAAGCCCCCUGAGAAGUGUGAGGAUGGAGAGUUACCCUAUGGUUGGGAGGAAAUUGACGAUCCACAGUACGGAACAUACUAUGUUGAUGACCUGUGUACAAGCACAGUGCUGAUUGUGCUCUCACUAUGUUCUGCCAAUGUUUUCUGUACUUCCUGCAUCUAAGCCUGUUUAUGUUGCAGCCACAUCAACCAGAAAACCCAAUUUGAGAACCCAGUGCUGGAGGCAAAGAAGAAGCUGAGCCAAGACACGGCUGCGAUCCAACAAGCCACAGCAGCACCUUCUCAAGGUAAGGGAGGUGUGUCUGACUUCACUGCAGACCCCAGCCAGUUGAAUGGUGAGAUGUACCACACAGCGCUGAAGAAGAGCUCCCAGGGAUUUGGGUUCACCAUCAUCGGAGGUGACCGCACAGAUGAGUUUCUGCAAGUGAAAAACGUGCUCAGUGAUGGCCCUGCUGCCCACGACAACAAGAUGGCAUCUGGUGAUGUGAUUGUCGAGAUUAACGGGAUGUGUGUGCUGGGAAAAACCCAUCCAGAGGUGGUGCAGAUGUUCCAGUCCAUUCCCAUUAACCAGUAUGUGGAUAUGGUUCUUUGUCGUGGCUACCCGCUUCCACCAGACGUGGAUCUAGACAGCGAUGACCCUCUCCCGCCUCCUCCUCCCCCACCGGCUACCCAGCCCCAGCAGGCUUUGCAUGGUGGAGAGGUGGUGACAGCCGUGCCCCUCAUCAAUGGACAGCCACUGCUUGUGAAAGGUGACGUCCUCCACGGCUCCUCCCAGGAGCUCCAUUAUGUCACUACAGAUGCCAGUGGCCGACCGGUAGUUGCAGCCAUGCCCAAUGGGAGGCAGGGGGAGCGGGGAGAGGUGGCCUCAGGGAUGCUGCAGCCAGAGCUGGUAAGCGUGCCAUUGGUUAAGGGACCUGGAGGAUUUGGGUUUGCCAUUGCCGACUGCCCGCUGGGCCAGAAGGUGAAGAUGAUCCUGGAUGCCCAGUGGUGCCGUGGCCUUCAGAAAGGAGAUGUCAUUAAAGAGAUCAACAGGCAAAAUGUCCAAACAUUGAGCCAUGCUCAAGUGGUGGACAUUCUUAAAGACCUACCAGUGGGCAGUGAGGUCAACGUGCUAGUGCUACGAGGAGGUCAAACAUCUCCUGUCAAGAGUCUAAAGCCUAGACAGGAAAUGACAGCCAGUACAGAGACUUUGGACGGUAUUGGCGAUGCAGCCCCCCAGGCUCUUGCUUACCACUCCAACACGAGCACCCUGCGCUCCGCCGACUCCCCUAAACGAGACGCCACAGAGAUGUACCUGAAGUCCAAAGCCCUGCUGGAGAGUAGACAGCCUCACACCAAAGACAUAGAUGUUUUCUUAAAGAGAGACAUUGAGACGGGCUUUGGCUUCCGUGUUCUGGGAGGAGAAGGUCCACAACAGCCAGUGUACAUUGGGGCCAUUGUGCCCAAUGGAGCUGCAGAGAAAGAUGGUCGUCUGAGAGCAGGAGACGAGCUCAUCGGCAUCGACGGUGUGAUGGUCAAGGGUCGUUCGCACAAGCAGGUGCUGGAUUUGAUGACCAACGCUGCCCGUAAUGGUCAAGUUAUGUUGACUGUGCGCAGGAAGGUCAUCUACAGAGACGCAACUGAUGAAGAGAUUCAGGAAAUGGCUCCAGUGUUGGUAAACGGUUCUCCCAAGCUACCUCGCCUACCGAUGCCCAGUGCUCUGGACCACGAGUCUUUUGAUAUCACACUCCACCGCAAGGACACUGAGGGCUUUGGCUUCGUCAUCCUCACCUCUAAAAGCAAACCCCCAUAUGGAGUUAUCCCGCACAAAAUUGGCCGAAUCAUCGAUGGCAGUCCCACUGACCGCUGUGGCCUGCUGCAUGUUGGAGAUCGUAUCUCAGCGGUCAAUGGACGGUCCAUCAUUGAGCUCUCUCACAAUGACAUUGUUCAGCUCAUCAAGGAUGCCGGCAAUGUUGUCACCCUCACUGUGGUUCCUGAGGAUGAAUACAAGGGCCCUCCAUCUGGAGCCAGUUCAGCUAAACAGAGUCCAGCUCUUCAACACAGAGCAAUGGGGCAACGAUCUGCACUACAGGAUGAGCGUUAUAACCUUGAUUUGGAGGAGAAAAUAGAUGGAGUCAACUGGUCUGACCACAAAACUCUUCCACUAAGUGAACAGGGAACGCUGUGUGUGACAGGACCGAACCAGGGUUGUCUGACGGUGGAGUUAGAGAGGGGUCCCAGGGGCUUUGGCUUUAGUUUGCGAGGUGGAACCGAGUACAACAUGGGUCUGUACAUCCUGAGGCUGGCUGAGGACGGACCUGCUCAGCUGGACGGAAGAAUCCAUGUUGGAGAUGAGAUAGUGGAGAUUAAUGGGGAGCCAGCUCGCGGCAUCUCCCAUACGCGUGCCAUUGAGCUGAUCCAGGCUGGAGGAAACAAAGUGGUACUGCUGCUGAGACCUGGGGCGGGCCUGGCUCAAGAUGGCAGUAGUACAGCUUCUUCUACUGUGUGCUACUACACUGAGCACCAACACUAA